AGAGUCUUCACGAGAAAAACUUGAAGAAUCCAAAAUUUACGAAAUAUGAUUAUGAUACUUUUCUUAUGCUUAAUACUUUUCAUAACAAUUCUCUUCUUCAAAAAACAGACCACAGGGAAGAAUUCAAAUCCUGGCUCUAUAACAUUUUCAUCCCCACCGGGACUUCCAUUGAUUGGAAACCUUCACCAGCUUGGCCGUCACGCUCACCGAUCACUAUGCUCUCUCAGCCACCGUUAUGGUCCUCUCAUGCUCGUCCACUUUGUUCGUAUCCCGGUUCUUGUAGUCUCUUCUGCCGAAAUGGCUAAAGACGUUUUGAAGACGCAUGAUCGUGUUUUUGCUAGCCGUCCACGGUCUAAAAUCACCAAGAAGCUUCUCUACGGUGAACGUGAUGUGGCCUUAGCUCCAUAUGGAGAGUAUUGGAGACAAAUGAAGAGUGUGUGCGUACUCAGUUUGCUCAGCAACAAAAUGGUACGAUCCUUUCGAGACGUGAGACAAGAAGAGAUCAGUCUGAUGAUGAAGAAGAUCCGGAAGUCGAGUUCUUUGCCAGUGAAUCUAAGCGAGAUAUUGAUAAGUUUAACGAAUGAUGUGAUAUGUAGAGUUGCUUUAGGACGAAAAUAUGGCGGUGAAGUGAAUUUUAAAGAGUUAAUGAAGAGGCUUACAAGGCUACUAGGAGCUUUUAGUGUGGGGAGUACUGUACCAUGUCUUCGAGAUAGGAAUGACUUUGUGGAAGUGUUGCUUGCAAUUCAGAGAGAGAAGAGCGUCGGGUUUGAAAUCGACCGGUUAAGCAUAAAGGCUAUCGUCUUGGAUAUUUUUGUGGGUGGUACGGACACAUCGUAUGCACUUAUGGAAUGGGUAAUGACAGAGCUUCUACAUGACCCCGAGUGUCUGAUCAGACUUCAAGAAGAAGUACGUAUGAUUUGUAAAGGCAAACCGUGUGUAUCAGAAGAAGACAGUCAAGAAAUGAAAUACUUAAAAGCUGUGAUCAAAGAGACAAUGAGGCUACAUCCUCCACUUCCAUUGAUGGUUCCUCACAAAUCAACUCAAGAUGUCAAGUUAAGAGGCUACCACAUACCUGCCGGUACAGAGGUUAUGAUAAAUUCAUGGGCGAUUGGGAGAGAGGCUGCGACAUGGGGACCAGACGCGGAGGAUUUUAGACCAGAGAGACAUUUAGAUUCGUCUAUUGAUUUCCGAGGUCAGGAUUUUGAGCUGAUUCCAUUUGGAGCAGGGAGAAGGGUUUGUCCAGCAAUAUCAUUUGCUGUGGUGUUGAAUGAGGAAGUUGUGGCUAACUUAGUGCAUCAGUUUGAUUGGAGAUUACCGGUUGAAUCUACAGAAGUUCGAACAGGUGUUGUUGAGUCAACAGAAAUAGCAGUUCACUGCAUGUUCCCUCUUUUUGCCAUUGCAUCAACUACUACUUGACUAAGGCAUUAUAUAUGAUAGUUGUGUAAUGUG